UGAGCGCGUUCGUGACUCAUGCGUACACCUAUAGUAAUUUGCUCUCUGCCAAUCGUGUAAGGAGAAAUAAGUUGCGCUUUGAAUUUUAACCACUGGAGGACAAAUCAAGGAGUGAGUUGGUUAAUAGUGUUGCCGCGGACAACGCCCACGAAUGUGUCAGCGUGAUCCUAAAGUUACUAUUUUGGGCUGCUAGAGAAUACACAAUAGUGCGCGGUGGGCUUUGCGUCAGGCGGCGCGCUCACUCACUCUGCGCAUUUCUGGACAGGUUCAGUCGUGAGCGCGGAAACGGCACAUCAAGUGUCUCAACGAGGAAUCAUUCUAUGGGAGCCAUCAACCUGAUUCUUCAGGUUAUUAUCACUCCUUGAGACCUACAAGAGCACAUUCGCAUCAGAUUCUCACUCUUCGACAUCCACUUAGGAACACAAACCUUUAUUGUCCACACCUGUAUCAAGCCAAAGGGGCAGCUUUUGCGACCUCCAUUCUGCCCUGCUCUCCUUUCACACCUUUAAUUGUCUGGAUCACCACGACACGGCACAACCAUGCCCAAGAGCAGUAAAGUGACUCAGCGCGAGCACAGUAAUGAGCAUGUCACGGAGUCUGUGGCCGACCUCCUGGCGCUGGAGGCUCCCAUGGACUACAAGAGCAGUCAGAUGAGCAUGAACAUGGCAGGAGGUGGCCCUCCGCCCAUAGGCAAGCCAGACAUCUCCCCUGACCUAGAAGACGGACGCCCUGCCUGGAACAGUAAGCUGGAAUACAUCCUAGCCCAGGUGGGCUUCUCAGUGGGCCUGGGUAACGUGUGGCGUUUCCCUUAUCUUUGCCAGAAGAAUGGAGGAGGUGCCUACCUUGUUCCAUACUUCAUCCUUCUUAUCCUUAUUGGCAUCCCACUCUUCUUCUUGGAGCUGGCGGUUGGCCAGAGGAUCCGUCGAGGGAGCAUAGGAGUGUGGAAUUAUGUUUAUCCACGACUCGGUGGCAUUGGAGUGUCCAGCCUGAUGGUGUGUGGUUUUGUGGGUCUGUAUUAUAAUGUGAUUAUCGGCUGGAGCAUCUUCUACUUUUUUCAGUCGUUUCAAUAUCCUCUGCCCUGGAGCGACUGUCCCAUCAGGAGGAACGGCAGCCAAGCCAUUGUGGAGCCUGAGUGUGAGAAGAGCUCAGCAACCACUUACUUCUGGUACCGUGAGACCCUGAACAUCACCAGCACAAUCGCAGACAGCGGAGGUCUGAACUGGAGGAUGACUCUGUCGCUGCUGGCUGCCUGGAUAAUCGUCUGCCUGGCUGUAAUAAAGGGCAUUCAGUCUUCUGGGAAGGUGAUGUACUUCAGCUCUCUAUUUCCAUAUGUGGUGCUCUUUUGCUUCCUGGUGAGAGGGAUGUUUCUUAAAGGAGCAGUUGACGGCAUUGCUCACAUGUUCACACCAAAGCUGGAGAUCAUGUUGGAGCCGCAGGUGUGGCGUGAAGCUGCCACUCAAGUCUUCUUUGCUCUCGGUCUGGGUUUCGGAGGAGUCAUUGCUUUUUCCAGCUACAAUAAGAGAGACAACAACUGCCAUUUUGAUGCCGUGCUGGUCUCCAUUAUCAACUUUGUGACCUCUAUACUGGCCACACUCGUGGUGUUUGCUGUGCUGGGUUUCAAAGCCAACGUCAUGAACGAGAAAUGUGUGGUGGAGAAUGCUGAAAAGAUUCUGGGCUACUUGAACUCAAAUGUGCUAAGUCAGGAUCUCAUUCCCCCUCAUGUGAACUUCUCCCACCUCACCGUGUCAGACUACGCUGAGAUGUACGGCGUAAUAAAGAUUGUGAAAGAAGACAGUUUUGCACAGCUGGGGCUGGAGCCGUGUCUGCUGGAGGAUGAGCUCAAUAAGGCUGUUCAAGGCACUGGUCUGGCUUUUAUUGCCUUUACCGAGGCCAUGACCCAUUUCCCCGCUUCUCCCUUCUGGUCUGUCAUGUUUUUCUUCAUGUUGAUAAACUUGGGCCUGGGCAGCAUGAUUGGCACCAUGACUGGCAUCACCACACCCAUUCUGGAUACCUUCAAAAUUCGGAAAGAGGUCCUCACAGUGGGCUGCUGUAUUGUGGCAUUUUUGUGCGGCCUGCUGUUUGUCCAGCGUUCAGGAAACUACUUUGUUACCAUGUUUGAUGACUAUUCUGCUGGUUUGCCCCUCACCAUUGUGGUGAUCCUGGAGAAUAUAUCUGUAGCCUGGAUCUAUGGCACCAAGAGGUUCAUGCAGGAUCUGGAGGACAUGCUGGGUUUCAGACCGUCGUCCAUUUACUUCUACCUGUGGAAGUAUGUGUCUCCAGUGUGUCUGAUCAUACUGAUUUCUGCCACCGUGGUAGAGAUGGCCAUCAGCCCUCCAGGAUACAAUGCAUGGGUGCAAGACCUGGCCACAGAGAGGUUUCAGAGUUAUCCUCCUUGGGCACUAACCAUGUGUUUUGCCCUAAUCAUUGUGGCCAUGCUUCCUCUUCCAUUGGUCUUUAUUGCCCGCCACUUCAAUUGGAUCCCAGACGGCUCCAACAAGCUGUCCGUCUCCUACCGCAAGAGCCUGGCAAAGGAGGCUUCCAACCUGGAAGAUGAGACAAGGUUUAUCCUUGGGAAGAACCCUAGCGAAGCCCCUUCUCCCAUGCCCAGCCACCGGGCCUAUCUGGGCCCUGGAAGCACCUCUCCUGUGGAGCUCAUCACCAACUCUACCUCCAUCAGCGGCUACGGCAGCGGUUACCAGACCAACCCCGCUCCUCCCAAAUCCGAGUCAUGAUCCUCCAACCCACCGACCAGAGACUGAGACGGAAAGAGAAAGAAGAUGCUGAACAGAAGAGAAGGUCCUAGUGUUGAUCACACCUUAACCCAAGCCAUCCAAACGAGCAGGACGACAAGAAAAUAGAGAGAAAGACACAGAGAUCCUUCCUAGACAGGUUCCCCUGAGCCCAAUUAUUCAUACGGACUACAGAUGUUGGUCUGAAGGUGAAAGAGAGCCUGGAGCUUUCAGAUCAGAAUGUAAGGUGGCUUAUUUGGUGAGCUGGUAAGUUAUUUUUUUGCGUACAGAUAAAUAAUGUCAACUCGAAGAAGGUUUAAAUAUUCAAGCUUCAGGUUUGGUCUCUGUGACUGGUUCGGGGUCAGUGCUGAGGUGUCAUUCAGGUUAAGGUGUUACCAAUGCUGCUUAACUCCAGACAUCUUACAAAAUGUGCAGGAUACGAGAUGCCAUGCAAGCAAGUUUAAUUUAAACCCAUCUUUAGAGCUCAUAAAGGGAGACGACUCAGAGGGGCUCAGAGAAACUAAAGCUUUCACUUCUUUUAAUGAGCCCUCUAGUGGAUAUUAUGUAAGUGUCACAGUUACAUACAGACCACCUGAGAUUAGAGUGAACUGAUAGCUUGAUUUCUAUUACCGACUGAAGUACAUCUUCAUUUAAUAAGUGUUCUUGGUUAUAGAGAUUGCACAUCAACAGUCAUGUCCACAUCUCAGCACAAGAGGGCGACAUAUGUAUUCAUACACAACGCACACACUUAUGUAGUCUCAGUGCAGUAUCAAAUAUAUACAGUAUAAGUGUCAGGUUCAGGCUGUUUUUACAACUGGAUUUAUCAUAUUUUAAGUUUAAUUUGUUUUUGUUAAAUUUUACCUAGAUGUUUUUUUUUUUGUUUUUUUUUAUAAUCGAAACAAAUGUGACUUCCUGAUGAAAGGUGAAUACCACACAGCACAAGAAAAUGACAUUUUCAGGAUGCAAUAAGGGGUUAUGGUUUGAGCCAAGUCAGCUCCACCAAGCACAAUAACUGUAACUUAAUGAAUAAUAAAUUACACAUUAAUUUAAUGGGAACACAUUAUUUAAAGGGAUAGCUCCCCCAAAAAUGAAAAUUCUGUCAUUAAUUACUCAGCCUCAUGUCCUUCCAAACCAGAAAAACCUUUGUUCAUCUUCGGACCACAAAUGAAGAUUUUUUCAAUGAAAUGCGAGAGUAUUCUGACCCUCCAUAGGCAGCGACGCAACUGACACGUUUAAGGCCCGAAAGGUAGUAAGGACAUCAUUAAAAUAUUCCAUGUGAUAUCAGUUCAAGUUUAAUUUGAUCAAGCUACAAGAAUACUUUUUGUGCACAAAGAAUACAAAAAUAACUCUUCGAUGCAUGUUCAUGUCACAUUGACUAUUUUAACAAUGUCCUUACUAACUUUCUGGGCCUUAAUCAUAGUAGUUGCAAAAAGCUAAGCUUCUGGAUUUGAGCAUAAAUAUUCAUUUGCAUUCCGAAGAUGAACAAAGUUUUUACAGGUUUGGAAUGACAUGAGGGUGAGUAAUUAAUGACAGAAUUUUCAUUUUUGGGUGAACUAUCCCUUUAUUUAAUUCCCCUGUCAGCAUUGGCAAUAACUGUAAUGAAAUGAGUGGCAUUAGUUGCCACUGUGAAGUUUACUUUAAAGCCCAGUGGAAAAAUCAGUUUUUUUUACUUGAAGUUACCUUGCUUGGUGGAGACUAUUUUAGGCCUAUAUAAUUAUUCAAUGUGAAAUUUAUGAUGAAAACAAUAAUCUCCAGAUGGGGUAUGUUUUUAAACUUGAAACCACAAAAUAUGUAUAUGGUUAUGAAGUGGCGUUUGCUUAUGCUUUACAAAUGCCAGUGUCAGAUUAUUUAGAUGUAGUGCACAGAGAAGCAUUUGGCCCUUUCUCAACACUGCCUGUUUUCAAACUUGCUGUUCUGGGGCCAUAUUACAGACACAUAUUCUCGUCGUGGUCACUAAACAGAUAAGAGUUGGAAUUUUUCUGUCAUGUGGUAAAUCUCUGGAAUUCUUGUAAAAGAAAAUAUGAGGUUAUUUGUGUGGACCUGAUAUUUUGGAGCAGGGAAAAACAUGUCAACAACUUUCAAAAUGCCACACACAUGACCUCUUCACUUCAAACACUGCAAAGAUAUUUCUUUAAUAAAUAGUUAUAUAUAAA